GAUUCAAGCCGGUCAGUCGAGCGCUCUCCAGUCGAUUCGAAAAACGAUCUAAUACAUAAUAUAGAAAAUAUCUCUAGUCAUUGACCCGAGGGCCAAGAGCAAAGUGAAGAACGACGAGACUGAAAAAAGGCCCGAAGACAUCUAAUUAUGCAAAUGCCGGUGGUUUUUAGUAUUUUGUGGCUGCUUCAGGUGUUUCUGCUUGUGGGAUCUGUUGCUGGAGCUAAUUUCGCCAGGGGAGAGGAGCAACUGGAGGCUCUGCUGGACACCGAAACGCAGCUCAUCGAUGGGUUGCGUGAUUAUAUCGAGCGAUUGGAGCUUCAGCUGGAGGAGAUCCGAAGGGAGACCUCCGCCAUCGAAGAGAUCCACAGUCAAGUGGAUAGUGUGGAGGAGUACAUGGGUAAUCCACUAAAUGUCUUUGGUAUUCUCAAAAGGUUCCAGAGUGUGUGGCCCGGAUUGGAGCAGAAGGCGAAUGCCACUCUGGAGAUAGGGUUCGGAGAAAGGUUGUCCAACAGGGAGUUAACCCUUCCCAGCGAGGAGGACUACGAGGAGUCCCUGAAUCAUCUGCUACAUCUGCAAUCCGUCUACGAAUUGGACUCGAACAGCCUCUCCUUGGGCGUUGUGAAUGGAUUCAAAUUGGGCUCCUCCAUGUCCUGGGGCGACUGCCUGGAAGUGGCUCGCAAGUCGGACUUUCCUGUGGCCAAGUUCUGGCUAGAAUCUGCUUUAGAGAAGCUGCCCUCCGCCUCCGAAAACUCCACGGAAUCGCAGAGGGAACGGGAAAGCGGACGUGUGCACAUCCUGGAGGCAACUCUCAACAUUGAAUACCGCGCUGGGGAGCUUUCCCGAGCCCUGGCAACUGCCGAGGAGCUUCUACUGCUGCUACCAAUGAACCAAGGCAUUCAAAAGGCCAAAAGAAAGAUUGAAAAAGCCAUGACCAAGAACGAAUUGCCCAAGGGAAGGGGCCGAAAGUCGAAGCCAAAGAAGCAAAAAUCCAAAUCCACGGAGCAGCUGAUCAUUGAGGAGAUUUGUCGCGGAGCAACACAGCAAGUCUCAACAGGAAGUCGCUUCAAUCAAUGCCAGUUGGAUGGAAGUUCGCCCUGGUUGCUCCUCCAGCCCUCCAGGUUGGAGCCCAUCAGUUCAGAUCCAUAUAUAGUUUUGCAUCACGAUGUAUUGACGGCGAAGGAAUCCGGUGAAUUGCUGGAGCUUAUAGAUGAGGAGGAUGCAAAAGGAGUUAGCUAUCAAUCGCUGAAGCUAUCCAAACUGGCACAAAAGAAGCUUGGACGGAUUAGUCGUCUUCUGGGACUUGAGAGUGGGGACCUAGAUCCCUGGACCGGACGUCGCCAUGGUCACGAGCACAUCACCAAGUUGGAGGAUAGCUCGGAGCUGCAGCAUGUGGCACGUCUCAUGUUGAACUUGCAGGCACCCGGAAUGGGAGGAGCCGUGGUGUUUCCGCAGCUAGAGCUCGGCGUGAAUGUCCCACGUGGCUCGCUGCUCCACUGGCGCACACGAUCCGCCGGGGGCUCGUCAUCCGAGUGGGACUACCGCAGUGGCCAGGCCAUCUGUCCCGUGCUCCUGGGCGUCCAGUUGUCCGCGUGGACAGGACUCAAUUGACGUGGGCAGCGAGGCCUGAUGGGUUUCCAUGGUUUCCCGAUCCGCGCGACAUGUGCAUUAAUUGCCAGCUGGGGAAUCAAAUAAAGUUGACCUUGGGACUUGAUUAAAAAUCAGCCUUUUAUUGCGUUAUUUCCCGUUGGGAGUGCCCAUCCGGCGGUGUGAAUGGGCUGGGCAAACAAAGGCUGCCAUCCAUAAUUGUUUGUUUGUUUGUUUGUCGUUAAGAGGAAGCCCGCUGCUGAAACACUGGUCCAUAAAACAAGUG